CGGAGCAGCGGAAGCAUCACGGGGAACGCAGACAGACCGGGAAAAACAGGGAAAACACAGAUAUGUGCAGACAUACAUGGAUUCUACUGAAUCACUAACAGUGAUACUAUGAGAAUUACAGAACACAGGGAUUUCACCCUUCUGAGGAAGCUGAGUACGCUGUCACACACACAGGGAUCUAACUAAUGGGAUCACAUGUGGAUCCAGGUCUGAGGAAACCUAGGGAGAGCAGAACCGAGACAAGACCCAUUAUGUGGCUGCUAACGUCAUGUCUUACGCCACCCUUUUAUAACUGAGGUGUGGGGCACACGGACACAACACAAGAUCACUUUCCCUAAGGACAAGCCCUCUUAACUGCCAUCAUCAGGAUUUUGCUACCCACCUUCUUCAACCUCUCCACCCCAGACAGGGGAUCUGCACCCCUGUUUUACCUUCUCCAGACCCCUAAUUCUGAAGGCAUGUUCUGCUUCUGUUUCCAGAGCCCCUCCCUGAAGCAGCAAGCCCUGGAGGCUGAGCUGUGCACCUCACCCCCCGGAACCCCCCAGGAGGACCUGGAACUCCCCCCUUGUACAAAUGACUACCAGAGCCUAACCCCAUCUCUCCAAUCCCUCCCAAAACAGGACCAGGACAUCAUCAGCACUUCACUGACAGAAGCCAGUCCGGUCCACAGGGCCCCCGUGUCUCUCUCUGAGGGGAGUAGCAGUGAGUGUCUGCUGACCCCUGGUCCUAGUCCUCUCCUCCAGCGCCUCGCGGCUGGCGACUGUCCCAUUCCGUCCCCCCGCUGCCACAACCUCAGCCAGGGCCAGCGCUUCAACACAGACCCGGAAACAGCCCCAUCCCCACCCUGCUCACAAUACAUCAGGAUGGCCCAUUACACAGUCAGGACUGAACCAGCAGAGGGAGCUAUCAAGACCCCAUCAAUCACAAUGCUAAACAGACACAUCCAGAACCUGAGGAAGAGGAUCAGACAUUUUGAGGAGCGCUUUGAACAAGAGAGACACUACAGGCCAGCAUACAAUGAUAAGACUGCCCACCCAGAAAUAUCUAGACUGAUGCGAGACCUCACUAAGUCUCGUAAGCAGCUGAAAGAGCUGAAGCUGAAACAGUGUGUGGAUGGGCUCAGAGAGCAGCAGAAAGGACGGAACACAGCUACAUGCAGGUCCACCAGAGACCCCCAGGGGGCGAUGGAGCACUACCAGAACAGUAACAAUAAACCCUCACUGAAGGAGACUGUCGAUAGCCUGAACAAGAGAAUGAUGGAGAAACGACAGGAGGGACUGCCAGAUAACAUCAAGGAGAUGACUCCGGCUCAGAUGGCUGUGGAGAAGUUCACCCUGCAGAAGUGUCUGCUCCACUUUGAGAGCCUGCAUGGACGACCGAGCACCAGGCAGGAGAAGACUCUGAUGAAGCCUUUCUAUGAUCGCUACCGCCAGGUCAAACAGCAGCUCCUGUGUUCCUCCACCACCAUCCCUUUCAUCACCACAAUAGAGGAAGAGGAGUGUUCUGAUGAAGAGUAUGUGAAGGACAGCCCCUGGCUACCUCAUACAGCAUUGCACUGUGUGUCUUCAGAAGAGUCACUGUGUCUACCACAUAACGAGGUAGCCAACACACCUCUCGUGUCGCCUCUGGAGGAGAUCAAAAGUCUACAUCCACCCAGUGUCACCACAGCAACACUGCACAAGGCAUCAAGAUCAGAGUUACUGGAGCAGCUGAGGGUGACACGAGCAGAGAAGAAGAGACUCCGUUCAGUACUCCGAGACUUUGAGGACCACUUCUACACACAGACCGACAGGAAUGCCCAGAAAGAGGACCGCGGGCCCAUGGCAGAGGAGUACUGCGAGUACAAGAACCUAAAAGCAAAACUCCACUUACUGGAAGCCCUGCUCAGUAAACAGGAUACUUAGAAGACUGUCUAAGCUUCCUUCACAGUGGGACUUUUAUUUUGAAACACUUUUUUACUCAUUUAUAGGACCUUUAGUUUCUGAACAAUUUUCAAAGUGAAAUACCGGUACUUCUUGUCAUGUUUCAUGCCAUGGUUACAUGGUGAUGCACUUUAAAUUACUUUGAUGUUGACUGACUCUCACUUUGGUUAAGAGUGAUGGCAAGAUGAUACAAGAGUUGCUGGGCGACAUCCAACAAUUUUUUGUCCCAUAACAAGUCCUUUGUUAUUUAUGAUAACAAAUGAUAUUUUAUGCAACUGAUGGAAUUAUAAUAUUUUAUGCAACUGAUGUAGCGAGUGUAACAGUUUUAAGGAAACAAAGAGAACAAAUAUAACAGUUGAUGUUAGAUACAUGUUGUCAAUUUCUAAGCUAUUUUAUGACACUAUUGUUACUUGCAUUUUCUUCUCGCAAAACUAUUCUCGGUAUAACAGGUGGUGUACUAUGUUCAAAUGUGGCACUUUGAAAAGUGCAAUCUUGGCAAGGAGGAUAUGUCAUCCAAAUAUACAAUCUGACAAUCCUGUAGAAUAUUUGUGUAUGUCAAUCAGUUUUUAGUCCCACUUUGUACUAUGAUAUGUAUUAGUUAAUAGUUGACAUGAUGCAUUGUGGCAAUUCAAGUUAUACAUUACCUUGGAAAAAAAAAAGUGUGAAUGUUGGCAUAGGGCAAGUUACUCCUGCAGUCAAAUGUGUUUUUCAUCCCAAAAUGCCAUUCUUUACUAUGAUCAGAUCUCUUGACAUUGUGCACUUCUGGUUUCUAUGUAUAUCAGUAAAAAAUAAAUAUUUUCACACUUA